AUGGUUGCCGGCCUCAAAUCUGUGGGCUAUGGAAUGCGCCUCGCGAUGCUUGAUCUUCCUCUGGAGUGCCGUCGCCUCCGAGGGGACCUAAUUCUUAAUUGCGCCCUGUUUGGACCAGCCUUGGCCAGCAGGUUUUUCACCGUUGACCCAGAAAGCACACGGCGGGGACAUAAACCCAGUUUAAAGCACUAUUGGGCACUUAUAUAUGCGAAUCCUCGCGCUGGCGAGCAUGCUGCCCCGCGCUGUGAACAUAAAGAGCGGUGCUUGGGCAAUAGCCCUGAUCCUGCAGGUGGCAAAGCUGGGAAAGAUUCCGGGAAAGCAAAAGCGAAGGCGAUAUCCCGCUCGCACCGCGCGGGUCUCCAAUUUCCAGUUGGUCGUAUUCAUCGGCAUCUCAAAACACGAACCACUAGUCAUGGACGCGUUGGAGCCACUGCCGCAGUGUACUCGGCAGCGAUUUUGGAAUAUCUAACCGCUGAGGUAUUAGAACUAGCAGGGAACGCCAGCAAGGAUCUAAAAGUCAAGCGCAUUACUCCGCGUCAUUUACAACUGGCUAUUCGCGGAGACGAAGAGUUGGACACAUUGAUCAAGGCCACGAUCGCUGGUGGUGGUGUUAUUCCACAUAUCCACAAGUCCCUCAUUGGAAAGAAAGUUCCACCGCAGAAACCGAUGGGCAUGUAAUUAAAGCUUUUAAUGAGAGUGCUCGCAUUUAUGUGUUCUGUAUAAUUGAUUACUGUAUUAUUUUUCUGUACACUUGAGUCACAUCACUGUAAUUUAUCCAUAUUAUAAGAUCAGUCUUUUGUCCCUAU